ACGAAAUGGUGCACAAGCCAGGUAUAUUUCUGCUCAUAGCGACCGCCAUCUGUGCUCUAGGUGGUUGCCAUGGCGCCAAUAUUUUGGGUAUCUUUCCCAGCCUAAGUCCCUCGCAUUUGAUCAUCCAAAUGAGCACGGCUAAAGUUCUGGCCGAGAAGGGACACAAUGUGACGGUGGUCACGGUGCUGAAGCCAGUGGUCAACCACAAGAACAUAAAAGUGAUCAUGGUGCCACUGAGCAAAGAGGACGCCCAGCAAAUGAGUGACACCAUUGCAGCGAUGUCGAAAAAUGACAAUAGCAACAUGGUGUUGUCCAUGCUCCGCAUGACGAAUCAGAUGAGCUUUAUGUUCACUAAGAUGGUAGAUGCCCUUAAGGACGGCCGUGUUCGUGACCUGUACCUUAAUAAGGACAACAAGUUCGACGUGGUUCUCUCUGGAUACUUCAUGAACGACUACCAGCUUGGAUUCGCCAAGAAAGUAAACGCACCUGUCAUCGUCGUGGCCACAAUGCCUCCUAAUCAACUGUUGAACCCAUUGAUCGGAAACCCCCUUGAGGUCGCCUAUGUGCCCUCAAUUGCCGAUUCCGUCGAGAAAGGUAAAGGAAUGUCCUUCCGGCAGCGCUUGGCUGGUUACGGUUCAAGCGUCUUCUUUGGACUUUUCAAUCUAUUUACCGAGAGGCAAAGCAAGAGAUUUUACAAGGAAUUAUUUGGAGAUGAUCCCACGAUGCCCGAGUACUCCGAACUGCUGAAGAACACCUCGUUGGCUUUCUUCGCCUCCCACGCACCCAGUGAGGGUCCAAUCCGACCAAAUGUUCCUGCUGCCAUUGAGAUCGGAGGCAUCCAAGUAAAGGACACGCCGGAUCCCCUGCCCCAAAAUAUGGCCGAGUUUCUGGGUAAUGCCACGGAUGGCGCUAUUCUGUUGUCCUUGGGUUCCAACGUGAAAGGAAGCCACUUAAAACCAGAUACGGUAGUGAAGAUGUUCAACGUGCUGUCGAAGCUGAAGCAAAGGGUGAUUUGGAAGUGGGAGGACCUGGAGAAGACUCCUGGAAAGUCUGAUAACAUUCUCUAUUCGAAGUGGCUUCCACAGGACGACAUCCUGGCACACCCGAACAUAAAGCUUUUCAUCAAUCAUGCCGGAAAGGGUGGCAUAACCGAAGCUCAAUAUCACGGAAAACCUAUGCUGUCUUUGCCAGUAUUUGGAGAUCAGCCAGGAAAUGCUGACGCCAUGGUCAAGCAAGGAUUUGGCCUUACCCAGAGUCUUCUCUCCUUAGAGGAGCAGCCGUUCCAAGAGGCCAUCCUAGAGAUCUUAACGAAUCCGCAGUAUUUCAAGAAGGUGUCCUCGUUCUCCUCCCUGUACCGGGAUCGCCCGAUGACCGCCAGGGAAUCAGUGGUCUACUGGACGGAGUACGUCAUCCGGCACCAUGGAGCUGCCCAUCUUCAGAGUCCCGUGGUUCACAUGAGCUUCAUCGCCGCCAAUAAUAUAGAUAUAUAUGUUUUAAUUGCAGUUGUCCUAGUAAUUCUAGUGUUGCUGUUCAAAUUGUUAGUGCAAUUCAUUUAUAGAAAAUUCGUAUCGAAGACAAAGAAGGAGAAAAAGCAAUAAUAGUGCUUUUAGUGUUCUAUUUAGUUUAAAAAAAUUAUCUUCC